UUGGAAGGAUUAGAAGUCGCUUAGAAAAAAAUUCAUAAUCAAUCAAAGUCCUUCAACAAUGAUCAACAAUGUCGGGCACAAUGGCUUUUCAUGGAGCUGGCUCAUGUCCGUCGUACAACGCUGCAGGAACAUGCGCCAACUCAAGGCAAUCCACGCCGUGUUUGUCACCAAUGGUCUCCACCAGAACAAUUACGCCAUCAGCAAGCUCCUUGCCUUUUGCGCCCUCUCUGAGGCCGGUGACCUCAAUUAUGCGUCUCUUCUCUUCACCCAAAUCAGUACUCCUAAUUUAUUCAUUUACAACACUCUCACCAGAGCCUAUUCUAGCAGUUCUGAGCCCAAGCUGGGUAUCCAUUACUUCAACCUCAUGUUAAAGAAUAAUGCUGUGUGUCCCGAUCACCACACUUUUCCGUUUGUUCUCGUGGCAUGCGCUAAUGCCUCUUGUAUGUUUUUGGGGAAGCAAAUACAUGAUUGGGUCCUCAAGAAUGGAUUAGCUUCGUCGGAUGGUCAUAUACAGACCGCGUUAAUCCGAUUGUAUGCAAACUGUAAAUUUUUGGGCGAUGCCCGGAAGGUGUUUGAUGAAAUUAGGAGGCCAGAUGUUGUUCAGUGUAAUGUUCUCAUGAAUGCGUAUCUUCAGUCUGGUUUUGCUCCGAAAGCAUUGGGUGUUUUCCAGGAUAUGCUGGUGUCUGGAAUUGAGCCAGAUGAAUAUUGUGUAACUACUGGGCUUAAAGCUUGUGCUGAUUUAGGAGCACUUGUUCAGGGGAAGUGGAUGCAUGAGUAUGUUGAGAAGAGGAAAGAAUUGAUAUCCGACGUGUUCGUAGGGACAGCCCUUGUUGUUAUGUAUGUGAAGUGCGGCUGCAUUGACAUGGCUAUGGGCGUUUUUGAGGGGAUGCCUAAAAGGAAUGCGUUUUCAUGGGCAGCAAUGAUUGGAGGCUUUGCAAUUCACGGAUGUGCAAGAAAAGCAGUCGAUUACUUGGAGAGAAUGCAGGUGGAGGAUGGACUCAGGCCUGAUGGAGUUGUCCUCCUUGUGGCUUUAACGGCUUGUGCCCAUGCAGGUCUUCAGAAAGAGGGUCAAUUUCUAUUACAUAACAUGCAAGCUCAAUAUGGCAUCGCACCUAAACACGAGCACUACAGUUGCAUGGUGGACUUGCUAUGCAGGGCAGGUCGGUUAGAUGAAGCGCUUGAGCUUAUAAGAAGGAUGCCUAUGAAGCCGCUUGCUCCUGUCUGGGGUGCCCUCUUGAGCGGUUGUCGAAUCCAUAACAAUGUUACACUUGCAGAAGUCGCCGUGAAGGAGCUUUUACUGCUAGAAAAUGGCGAUAGCGAAGAAGAUGGGGCUUAUGUUCAGUUAUCAAAUCUGUAUCUGGCUGCUGGGAAGUGUGAAGAGGCCGUGAGGAUACGGACGAUGAUUGGUGAUAGAGGGCUUAAGAAGACACCCGGUCUCAGUGCAAUAGAGGUGGAUGGGAAUGUACACGAGUUUCUUUCUGGAGAUGUAUCACAGCCGUCUACGCCUGAGAUACAUGCAAUGCUAGAGUUGGUGUCCCUCUACAUAAUCCACCCAACAUUACUGGAAAAUGAAACGGCCACAUCUGGGUUUGAAAGACAGCUAAAGUGAGAAUUGACAGUUCAUACAUUCCGGUGCAAAUUAGUGAACAUGCUGUAGCUGCAGCAGCUUGGAAUUUUGACUCUUUAAGCCUGGCAGUCAAUCCUCGGAAUGGAGAAAAAGAGGGUGAACGUCAAUAAAGCAUCUUGAGUCUUGGCCUCCUAAUUACAAAUUAAUUCCUUUUUAACUCCAAGAUCAUAAUCCCAGCUUACCGCCGAAGGGAAUACGGAACCCAACUGUCUAUAACCGACAAAACCAUUUCC